GGUAGCAAGGGGGGACUGCCGUGCAACAUUUCCGGAACGCCGAGAGCGUGAGUGAUGGUCAGUCGGAAUUAAGUCGUGCGGGUCGCUGAAGGAUCAUGCUGAUUCUAGUCUCACGGUUAUUACUUAUGGCAGCGGUGUGGCGUGUGGCAGAGGGGAAGAUGCCUGUGCCAUAUAAUUCAGAAGGAGAAUGUCAUGACAAAUCCUCCGAAUAUUAUGAGAGAACGGUUAGACUGUGCUGCAGCAAAUGCAAACCAGGUACUCAUCUGACGGUUACCUGCACUAGUAGUUCGGACACCAUCUGUGAACCCUGCCAAGAUGGACAUUACUUAGAAAAUGUAAACUAUUCUCCGAACUGUUUCUCCUGUCCAAAGUGUAAAGAUGUGAAAGGACUGAUGUAUGGGAAAGAGUGCUCUGCUGAUACCAAAGCUGUUUGCGUUUGCAAGCCUGGGAUGUUCUGUUUUCGUAAUUUCGGAAAGGAAUGUGAGGAAUGUAAAACAUAUAGAUCCUGCAAACCUGGUGAAUAUGUCCUUAAAAAAGGAUCACCUACAUCUGAUGUCAAGUGUGCACGGUGUCCGCCUGGAACGUUUUCAAACCACAGUAAUUCUGAGCAGUGUAAACCACACACAGAAUGUGAGAGCGGGUCAGUUUUAAGACUUGGUGACUCUACAACUGACAAACUGUGUAAGAUGACGCCAACAAUAGCAACAACAACAAAGGCUCCUCUUUGGAGUACACGCAAGCAUGUUCCCUCAAAUGUACCCUCAAGUGCUAUAAUGAGCGAAACGCAGGAAACGCAGGGAAUGAUCACAACUACGACCAUCAUUACCACAUCUCUGCUUCCAUUGAGCAGCACCAACCCAAGCCUAACAGCAAAAGCCAGCGCCAGUGGAGCCUUUAACCAAAAUGACAUGAUCUUCUACACUGUCAUUAGUGUUACUGUGCUGGUGGUGCUGAUUUUGCUGGUACUGGCAGCUGGUAUUUACAUAUUACGAAAGAGAAAAGGUUUACGAAAAGUUCCCAUCACAGAUAUCAACAAGGUAGAGCAGGAUACCUCAGCGAGUGGCACACCUGAUUGUCAGCAUCUAUUAUCCAUCGAAAAGGGCCAGAAGGAGCCGUCCAUGACUUCAUCGGACAGCCAAAGUCAGCAUGGCUCAAGUCACAGCAGCACUGACUGGCUGGAGCGCACAAGCCAAGAGGAGUACAUACCGGAGCAGCCGUCCAUCUCCAGCCCCAUGGUCAAUGUCAGCAUCACGGCCACCUUCCAGCUGAACCAGACGACAGCGGCCCUCUCCAACCCUCUCAGCACACCUGCAUGGACGCCCCACGUUGAAGCUCCAGUGCCGCUUUCUCAAGAAGAGGUCUGUAUAUCCUGCCAGCAAGAGGACGGCAAGGAAGCUCUGCGGUCAGUGCAGGAGAGCGGUCUGUGUGUCAUUUAAAUGCAUUUGCAAGCUUCUGAAUGCAGUGUUAAAUGGGUAAAGGGAUACAUUUCCCAAACAUUUAAUUUUGCUGAACCUAAGGCCAUCCAAGAUGUAGAUGAGAUUGUUUCUUGAUCAGAUUUGGAGAAAUGCAGCAUCACAUCACUUGCUCACCAAUGGAUGUGAAUGGGUGCCGUCAGAAUGAGAGUCCAAACAGCUGAUAAAAACGUCACAAUAAUCCACAAGUAAUCCGCACCACUCCAGUCCAUCAUUCAACAUCUUAAGAAGUGAAAAGCUGUGAAACAAACCCAUCAUUAUGACUUUUUUAAUUCUAAAUCAUUGCUUUUGUCUGAAGUAUGAGUCGUCUAUUCACAAUAUUGCAUUCUCCUGUGAAAAAGUCAUGUCUGAAUCGAGAGAGAAAUUUGCACUGAUUAAGAGGAUGGCAAGGAAGCACUGACCGCAGAGGUCAGUGCAGGAGAGGGGCCCAUGUGUCUUUUGACUAAAUGUGUAGAUAAAAGCAUUUGCGAGCGUCUGAAUGCAGUGCAAUGUUAAAUGGAAUAAAUUAUACAUGCAGUGCAAUGUUAAAUGGAAUAAAUCACCCAAAAAUUUUAUUUUGCUGAACCUAAGACCAUCCAAGAUGUAGACGAGUUUGUUUCUUGGUCAGAUUUGGAGAAAUGCAGCAUUACGUCACUUGGUCACCAAUGGAUGUGAAUGGGUGCCGUCAGAAUGAGAGUCCAAACAGCUGAUAAAAACAUCAUAAUAAUCCACAAGUAAUCCACACCACUCCAGGCCAUGAAAAAGUCGUCUUGUCUGAACCAGGAGAGAAAUAUGCACUGAUCAAGCACAGUUUACAAGCUAAAACAGUUUUAAACAAAUAUGUUGGUGGAUUUUUUUUGUUCGACUUUUUCACUGGAGGAUGUGUUGUUAUUAAUUAUGGGGUUGUAUUUUGGCCAGAAGCGAUUGCUGAGGAUCCAUUGGUGAGCAAGUGAUGCAUCUCUAAAUUUCUCCAAAUGUGGUUUUUGAUAGCUUGAGGGCAAAAUCAUUUUCAGUAAAUGUUCAUUUUUGGGUGAGCUAUUCCUUAAAUAUGUAAAUCUGACAUGUAAAAUAGGUUAAUGUGUAAGCUCACAUAUUAUUAUAGCGCAAAUUAGUGUUUUUCGCCAUUCAAUGGUGGUAUCUAAAGAGCAAGGUGGCUGAAGGCUAAGGGUUAAAGGUUUAAUGCUAAAAGUCUAUUGUGCAAAACAAUACAGAUCAUUAAAAAAUACCAAAUAUUGGCUUUGUUGUCAUAUUGGUCAGAAACUAGUGCAGUCAGUGAAGUUUCAUUGUAAGGUUUACUAUCGCUACUCAGUAAUUGUUUUUGACAUCUGACAAGUCAAAAGUUUUUACACCUCACUGGCCAGGCUAAACCAAUGAUAUUUUAUAUGUAUAGAUAUAUGAAGCUAGCGCCACCCAGUGGUUGAUUUAUUUUUUUCUACCUCCCUUGCAUAUUUACAAGGUGUUCUGUCAUGCUGUCUGAAGAUAUUAUACUGUCAGAUAUUACAUCUAAAGAUAUUACAAUGGAGAAUCAAUAUUUUGUAUAUAUUACCAAGUAUAUUGCCAAAGAUUAUAGAAAUGUAUAGUUAUUUUUGUAUGUUUUUUUUAAAGUGUGUUUUUAAAACUUUGUAAAUGAAUUGUCAUUGUAAAAUUUUGUAUAUACACUUUCAUAAAGCACAUUUUUAUUCACAA